AUGAAAUUGACAAGCCAAGACUGAAGAUAAGUGUCUGUACAGCUGGUGAGACGUUAUCAAGAUAUGACCAACAUACACACAGUAAACAGUAUGAUCAGCAACAGAAAUCGCGAUUGUCUCGAAUGCAGACUGCUGAGCGGUAGCGGCCUUGUCGCUGCCGGUUUAUACGUCUGUCACCACUCCAAACAGUACCAAAAGCAAAUAGGAAAAGCAGCAAUGUGCUCAGUUGCCUCUGUGUUAGUACUCCUUGGUACAGCCAGGAUUUUCGACUUGCCACCCUUUCAAGAUAAAUUUAAACGCAGCUGAGAACUUAUUUAAGCAAACAUAAAGCUACGGUAUUUUGUAGCAAUUGCACAUAAAAAUGUGAGUGUGAUGUGAAAAUAAUAUGUAUAUUUUAUUACAUUCUUUCCUCACUUAUGGUUUUUACCUAAAGUGUAAGAUUUGUUUAUAUAGUCUAUUGAGUCUUUCACAAAUAUGAUGGUAUUGAGAAUAUUUAUUUUUAACUAAACACUGAUAUCUAA